AUGGAGUUCCUCCCGCAAAGCACCGUUCCCCCUCCCAAGAACCUCUACCCCUGUCUCGCGACCAUCACCGUCACCCCUCAAGCGGGCGGCGACAGGUCUCGUCGGAUGUCGCAGUCGUCCGCUGGGGACCAGGAGGACGGCAAUAUCCUCAAGCGUAUCGCUUCCGGCGGCCGCAGGAAGAGUGAUGCGUCUCAGCGCCGCAAGUCGCUCGUUGCGGGCCAGUCGGGACAGGAGGGGAGUGCGAUCCACUCGACACCCGCUACAGGUGGCGCCAAGGAGAAGGGGACGUGGUACUGGCGUGUUCAGGCUGGUGUCUCGAAUGACGCCCUGAUCCUCCUUCCCCUCACUCAGCCCGCCAACCCCGUCCUCACUUCGGCGCCCCAGCCGCUGUCCGAGGCUAUGCCCGCCCACUCGUCCCACACUCCCGGCCACGCCCACUCGAACGAGUCAGGCCAUGAGGAGGGACUUCUCGACAAAAUGAAGAGUCUUUUCCGCAAGCAUCCCCACGAGGGUGCCGCCUCGGAUGGCGACAAGGUCCCUCACCCGGACGCAGCCGCUACGGAGGGCGGCGACCGCGUCAUCGACCAGACGGCUACAGGCGAGCAGAAGCCCACUGCCAAGGCCAACGCGGCGGGCGCGACCAACGUCAAUGCCAAUGCGGAGACGGGGUGGCCGGGUGUGAUUGACGGCGAGAAGCUGGGGAUGAUUGCGGUUCCGCUCCACGCGGUGGAGAAGGGCAAGGUGGCGCAUGGCGGAGGCAAGAAGACCGAGGGGUACCAUAUCACUGUGCCUGUCACUUCCCAGUUCGCAGCUAUGAUUGCCGGGUUCUCGGACGCGGGUUCGGGACCCAAGUCGGGCUCGAUCCGCCUCGAGUUUGACCACGCCUGGAUCGGAGCCAAGGCCGAAUCCGAGCUCCUCUACUACCAAAUCACCGAGGCUGUUUCGACCGCCCGCUCCCCUCCUUCCCCCACGCAGCAUCAGCUCGGC